AAAUACACACACACAUACACAUACACGUAUACACAGAGCCACCUCUCUCUCUCUCUCUCUCUCUCUACAUACACACACAUUUCCAUGGCUGAAUUCGAACCUCCGUCGUUCUCUCUAGGGCUCGAUUUCGACCUAGAUUCCGAGCCCCAAACCACCCUACCAAAAGACCCUCCCUUUCCCAGACAACCUUCGAGCAAUCCGAGCUUUCGCCUGAUUGAAGACGACGAUGAUUUCGAGAUUCCGGACCCACCUCGGACCCUCAAGCGCCUCCGGCGUGGCCCCCCAUCCGAGUCAUCAUCUGCGGCGGCGGCGGUGGCGCAGAAGUGGGAGUCGGUGGAGAUGGGUUGUGGCAAUGUUGACGAUGAAAUUGAAGAGUUCUCUUCUCAGGAGGAUCGGCAUCGAGAAAGGGAGCAUUCGUCGAUGCCUUACCAUUCUGGAUGUAGCAGUUCAAAGUUCCCAUUGCAUGGACAUGGGGCUUUGACCAAGCAAUCAGCAAGCCAGCGGCAGGUGACUAAAAGGAAAGAGGCUUCAAGUACCUCAGCCUCUGCAAGCUUGGAGACGAGUAGUAAUAAACUGUUGUUGCCAAAGUUAACUGUCAGUCCCCUUAGAAGGUUCCAGUUGAUUGAUUCUGAUUCUGAUGAUCCUUCUGUUAGUGAAGAUGCAAACAAAGAGACCAAUAAAGUAGAUUCAUCUAUGAAGGAGAAACAAUGCAAUGAUAGUAAUCCAACUACGAGUCAACCGAAGAGAACGAAAGCAUCAGUGAGUGUCUCUCAAACAGAGGAUUUAUGGAAAGAUUUCUAUACAGAGAAGAGUGUCCACAUCCCCACUCCUGCUCUGGAUGAGUUCUGUGAAGAAUAUUUCAGAUCUGGGAAGGAGAAGAAUGGAGAUUUUGUUCCGAGGCAUGAUAAAUCUAAAAGUGACAAUGAAUGCAGUAAUCAAACCUUUAUUAUCAAUAAUGAUGAGCACCAUUUGGGGGACCCUAUUCCCCCUGCUCAUCGAUAUUUUUUCCACAAUGACCCUAGGAUCCAGAAAUUAGUCAGCAGUCGCUUAUCCUACUUUUUCCCUCUGGGUGCUAUACAUAACAGUGCGAACAAGCAUUUCUUCUCAUCUGUUAUUGAUUACAGGAGUCAAUUUAGCCAGGGUGAAGGUUCUAAACACCAAGCAGCUGGGACAAGUAAUGUUGAGACAAGCUCAAGAAGGGGCAGAAAGAACUCAAAAAAAUCAGCUGCUGAAGUGGAGGGCUCUGAAAGUUGGGUAAAUUCCAAAAGUAGCAGAGGCAUUCCGAAAGAUGCUGGGAAAAGACGGGUUCAUGCAGAUGGUCAAUCUGGCGGUCAUUGGUACACAGGUCCUGAUGGAAAAAAAGUUUACAUCUCUAACAAUGGACAGGAGUUGACUGGUCGAAUUGCUUACAUGCAUUACAGGAAGGAGAGUGGAGCUGGCUUUAAAAGGUCAAAAAAGAAACCUGCUGCAAAGAAUACUUCUCAGAAAAAGAAACCUGCUGCAAAGAAUACUUCUCAGAAAAAGAAACCUGCUGCCAGGAGGAAACCUGCUGCUAAGAGGAAAUAACAGCCGAAGCUCCAGCCCCCAUUAUGUGUUGAAUAGUUUCUGGCAUCGGCAUGGGAAUGUUGUAUUCGUAUUCUGAUUUUGUGAUUCUAUAGUUUUCUUAAUGAAAAGAUUUGAACAUAGGGAAUUUCGAGGCAGAAUGUGAAUGUGUUUCCGGGUCCUUAUUCCCAUGUUUGAAAAUUUAGGAUUUGCGUUAGGAUAUGGUUCCAAAAGGUCAAGUUUAUUUUUAGUUAUACUGUCGAAUUUCGAAAAUGUAAUUAGAAUUUGGGUUGUUAAACUUUUUAACAUCUCGGAGUUAGAGCUAUUUUUCCGCAGGAUC